AGCCAAUUUCUGUUACACUCGUUUUACAUGCCAUCGAAAGUUUUCCCGAGAAAAAGUUUCUUGCACGGAAAAUUAGAGACUUAGAAAAGGAAAAAAAAAAAAGAAAGAAAGAAAAGAAGGAAAAUGAGAGAGGAAGUGAUCAGCUCCGGAGGGAUCAUUGAUCCUACUCCUGCUGCCAGUUCUGCUGGGGCAUCCUCUCCUACCGUUCCAACAAAUGUUGGCAGUAUAGAUGGGUCCGUUCAUGGGCAAGGCUCCAAGGCAGCUUCUCUUUCAUGUGUUGGUUCACAACCACCACGGGCUUCCUUGAGCACAAGUGAUGGUGGUCUUGCCUUUGGAUCUUCAAGAUCUUCAUGUAGACCUUGGGAAAGAGGGGAUCUAUUGAGACGCUUGGGUACCUUUGAGCCUUCAAAUUGGUUGGGAAAGCCUAAGGUUAUCAGUCCUUUGGCUUGUGCUCAGAAAGGUUGGAUAAAUGUUAAGCUUGAUAAGAUUGCAUGUGAAUCAUGCAGUGCGGACCUCAGUUUUGUUUUGUUUCCAUCUUGGACCCCUUCUAAAGUUCAAAACGCUGGUGAAGCCUUUGCAAAGGAGCUGGAUUCAGGGCACAAGGCCACAUGCCCUUGGAGAGGAAACAUCUGUCCUGAUAGCCUGGUGCAAUUCCCUCCUACUCCUCAGACUGCCUUAAUUGGAGGUUAUAAGGAUAGAUGUGACGGACUUUUGCAAUUUCAGUCUCUUCCAAGGGUAUCUGCCUCUGCAAUUGAACAGAUACGAGUUUCUCGAGGACCACAGAUUGAUCGCUUCCUGUCUAUAGCAGGAGAAGUAGACUUUAAACCUGAAAUUAUUCCAGAACUGGAAAGCUCUCGAGAUGGAGCCACCUCGUUGUAUUUUUGUGCACAGAAGCUUAUAAGCAUCUGCGGGUGGGAACCAAGAUGGCAAUUGAAUGUUCAAGAUUGUGAAGAGCACUCUGCUCAAUCAGCUAGGAAUGGAAAUUCUCUUGGACGUAGACAUGCCCAGGUCCAAGCUUCGCAAGACCAUGGACCAGGCAAGAAAGCUCUUUCUGCUUCAGCUAGAAAAGACACUGAAAAGAGUAAAGUGUUGGCAAAGGAGUCUAGAUGUGAGUUUAGAUCACCCUUACUAGAUUGCAGCUUGUGUGGAGCUACAGUAAGAAUUAUGGAUUUCUUAACCGUCCCUCGACCUGCUCGUUUUCCUUCCAACAACAUCGACAUUCCUGACACGAGUAAAAAAAUGGCAUUGACUCGUGGAGUAAGUGCAGCCAGUGGAAUUAGUGGUUGGAUUGCAGCUGAUGAUUUGGAUAAAGAACAAACUGAAGAUCGUGAUGAAGUAGCAACAACAAAUGAUGGAAAGUCAUUGCCCAAUGCAGAUGUUGAUUUGAAUCUUACUAUGGCAGGGGGUUUACCUUUUAAUCAGUUUGGAAGAAGAGCAUUGUGUGAAAAUAUCAAUGAGGGAGACAUGGGAAGGGAUCUGAUGAUUGGGCAACCUGCAGGAAGUGAGGUUGGUGAUCGUGCAGCUUCAUAUGAGUCACGGGGUCCUAGUUCUCGUAAACGGAGUUUGGAAAUUGGUGGCAGUUCGGAUGAUAGACAACAACACUUAAGGGUGCAGCAGGCAGAUAGCGUUGAAGGGACAGUCAUUGAUCGUGAUGGCGAUGAAGUCACAGAUGGUAGACAAUAUUCGGCUGGGCCUUCAAAACGUGCUCGGGACUUGGAUAUCUUUGAUACAUAUUGUUCACCGUAUCAGAGAGAUUAUGGUGCCGGCCCUAGCCAUUCAGUGGGUAUUGACAUCUAUGCAGAUGGCAGUAGAGCUGCUUCAUUUCAGCAAAGAAAUGACCACUUUGUAGGAAUCCAAACAACUAGGGAUUCAACACGUGCAUCAUCAGUCAUUGCAAUGGAUACCGUCAAUCAUAGUGCAAAUGAGGACUCUAUGGAAAGCGUCGAAAAUUACCCUGGAGAUAUUGACGAUAUUCAGUUCCCCUCUUCAAGUACAUACGGUAAUCUGGACAUGAAUGAAACAUCAGAAUUGAACUACAGCAAUCUAGCUCAGCCAAGCUUUGGUGUCCGCACGGUUGCUGAAGUUAUUCGUGAGGAAAUUGGUGUUAGUAGUACAAAUGAUGGUGAAGAAAUUUUCAAUGCAGAAACUGUCACUGCUCAAGCCCGUGAUGGCAUUAGUUUCGGAAUAAGUGGGGGAAGUGUUGGCAUGUGUGCCAGUCAUGAAGCUGAAAUUCAUGGAGCUGAUGUAUCUGUCCAUAGAGCGGAGAGUGUAGUGGGUGAUGUGGAACCCAGAGUUGAAGAUGCCGACAUUCAGGGCCAGACAGGUGAAUCUACUCCAAAUCCUGGGCUAAUGGAUGAGAUUGUCCCUGAAGAAGUCAAUAGAGAAGAUCCUCGUGGUGAUAGCCAGGAGAUGUCUCAAUCCCUAGGGAGGGCUGAUAGUGGCUCAAAGGUUGAUGGUUCUGCUAAGGCUGAAUCUGUGGAAAGUGGUGAAAAGAUAAGUAGGGGCAGCAAGUUCGUCCUAGAGACUUCUUUGCACCCUUCUCUUUCAUGCAAUGCUAAUGUAGAUUCUGGUUAUAAAACAACAAAGCAAGAGGUCUCAAAGGCUGGAAAAUCUUCAUCUACAAAUAAUUGUGUGUACCAAGAGGCAGAUUACAUGGUAGCAAAUGGAAUAGAACCUCCUAAAGGGGAGAGCAAUUAUGAAGAAGUUGCAGAAUUUGAUCCAAUUGCCCAUCACAACCAAUUCUGCCCUUGGGUGAACGGAAAUGUUGCUGCUGCUGGCAGCAGCAGCGGUGGUUCUGGAACUAGUGCUGAUGCAAUUGCACUUUGUGGGUGGCAGCUUACUUUAGAUGCCCUGGAUGUCCUGCGAUCCUUGGGGACUGUUGCAAUUCAGACAGUGCAGUCUGAAUCAGCAGCAUCGCUGUACAAGGAUGAUCACCAAAAUCCAGGUCAAAAGCUCCUUCGCCACCAUUCUAUGAACAGAAGCCAUGGGCAACAUUGAUUGUUCAUCUUAUUAUGGAGCUAUUCCAGUUACCUGAUCAGUUCAGAAUCCAAUCUAGAGAUGAAAUUCAAAUUCAAGUUUGGCUAGCUGCAAUGGGACAGCUGCUGGGAAAGUUCUAGCAAUCUUGUCAAGUCAUUUUCUUUGCAUGGUAGGAUAUUAUUUAUGUUGUAACGAUCUUAAAUGCUUCAUGCAGAUAAACCUUCAGAUCUGCUGUUUAUUUUCUUUUCCCUUUUUCAUGAAUUUUUAUACUUAAUACUAUCUAGUCAAUUGGCGAUGUGUCAGAGACUUGGAACAUUUGAUAAAGAAUAGUUGAAGA